UGCAGCCAGACCACACUCGUGUUCUUCCCCCUCUCCAUCCCAUCGAACAGAGCAGCACGAGGAGGCCUCGGCGGCCGGUGGAGCGGCGGCGGGAUUGUCGCCGAUGAUGGACCCGGGAGAAGGCUCCUCCACCGGUGUCAGAAAGUGUAGCAGUUCACAGUACAGUAUGGAGUGGCCAUCUGAUUCAUUCUUCGAGAAGCCAAGGCCCGUUCAUGUAGAUUGGCCAAUGAACAGUCAGUUUGAUUUGAAUUUGGAUUUGCCUAUGGAAAGCCAGCUUGACCUCGACAGGGACUACAAUUUCCAUGGCUCAGAAUUUGAAGCAUUUGAUCUGAAUGAGGACAUUGGAUGUGAUGAUUAUUUUAGUGAUGAUUCAGAGUGUGCAGAUGUCAACGUUGAUGGUCUCAUUGAACUAGAGCCUGAGAUCUUCCCUGCAAGUGAUGAUGGUUCUGAAGAUGGAGUGGAAAAUGUGCAUGAAGUGAGCAAGGCAGAGGGCAGCAAGAGGGGCAGAAUCUAAGGCGAAUGCAACUAAGGCUCGAGAGUUGAAGAAAAAGAUUGCUGGAGGCACAAAGGAAGAUGCAUUUGUGGUUAGUGAUAGCUGCAGUGAUGAACUGAAAGGGAUCACUGAUUCAAGUGAUGAUGAUGGUUUUGAGCUGAUAUCUAGUAGAUGUGUUUUUAAGAGGAAGAGCCGAGCAAAGCCACUGAAGAACAGGGUGUAUUAUGAUGAGAACAAGAAGAAUGCACAUGAGCAGCUAGAGAUGGACAUGUGCUUUCUUCAUUUGAGACAAGUUAGAAAGGCACUGGAAGAGUAUCACAUAGCAUGCAGCAGAAAGUUCACAUAUUUGAAGAAUAACCAAGACAGUGUCAUUGUUUGUUGCAGCUAUUAUUAAAAAAAAAGGCAACCUAAUUAGGAAUUCCCUCUUCAUCGAAUCUGCUACAGUACACACAGUCACAAAUUAAGCCACGAUAUGGUAUGCUUCACUUGAAAUAAAGGUGACUAGAGUUCUAGUUUUAGCUGAUACCCACGUUAAGUAAAACUGAUGGUCCAGUUUCAGAUCGAAAAGGAAAUCCAGGCGAAAAGGAUCAGAUCACGAAAGAAAAAGGGAAAGCAGACGGAGAAACCGUUGUUUGUUUGGGGUUCGCUCAUAUCAUCGCACGGAGUGACGGAACUGCGUAUCAAACCUGAAACCUCCACCGGCCGUCCUCUCAUAGAAAAACCCCUCUACCGUCCUUUUGUACAAAAGGCAAAAACUUUCUCCACUGUUGAAUUUUUUUUUCUCCCCAGUUGAAAUUGGCGCAGUUUUCUUGCUGAGAGAAGUUGGAAUUGCCGUACAGUGGUGUGUCGUUUUUGGCCGGCGUGAACGGUAUCUAUCAAAUCACCGAGAGGCAGUACGUUGGAUGGAUUUUUUUUCUUCCGAAAAGGGGUACAUCUUCCGGUCUUUGCAUUAAAUCUCAGUUAUUACAGUCCAGAACGACAACAAGAUAGGAUUAAAAACAAUUUAGCAUAUCUCCAUGGUGUCACCUCAGGUUUGAUGGUAGCAAUGCCACCACACCGGACUCCGCUGCAUUGCCAGAAGCAUGUUAAUUGUGGCUCUGCCUCUGAGAUUGAGGACCUCCGCAUGGAUGCAUCAGAACCUGGGCCAAACCGCACUGCGUCCGCAUUAACUCCAAACUUGUCAGGUCAACUCAGCGCGAAUACCGCGCCCAUACGGGGAAGGCUACUAAAAGGAAUCGGCCGUACAAACUGUUGGAUUGGAAAAUUGGAUGGUUUGGAUUCCAGGAUGCUUGGGUAAUGGGACCUAAAAUAUUUUCGCUCUUUUCCCACCUCCUUUUCUAUCUCUUUACGUUUAGACAUGUUCGACAAGUGGAGGAGGAGAUCACCUUGAUUAAGAUUGAUGAGGCUAGAGGGCACCAGCCGUCAGUGGCGCUCAUCUGUUGCCAGAGCCGAUUUCGUCGGUUGGAGAAUCAAAAGAAGGGAAGAUGUGUGGCGGCAGUCAGAGAUGUCGUUGGAACUAAUCUUGUUAUUAGUGUUGUUUAGAUAUGCAUCAUGUUUAUUUGUGUUA